AAAAAAAAUGCUGUUAAUUUUGACAAUUUAUAUAAUAAUAUAACCAAUGCAGAAACCCAAAAUGAAAUUACAAAUCAAGAUGUUAUAACUUGCUAUUAUCUUAUCAAAGUUAGGUCACAACCUUCAAACUCUGUUAAUGAUGACUUACUUCAAAAAAAAAAAGAAUGGGCUUUGAAGAUUUAUAAUCUGUUUAGUGAAAUUGGCAUUGAAAAGAUUCAAAGAGUUAAAUCUCUUACAGUAUCAUCAAAAUCAAAAUUAAGUCAGGAUGAAAUCAACCAAAUAUUG